AUGGAUACAGAGUUAGUUCAAUGUAAGAAGACUUUAUAUUAUUUUAAUUUAAUUUCAAUUUAUGAUGGUAAUGAUAUUGAAAACGAAUUUAUUAAGAGUUCAGAAACAGUAAUAAUAAAUCUAAAUAAAAGUAUUGAAAGUUUUAAUGAAAAAAAAACAGAAAAUGAAAGAGUUGAUGACAUAAUAAGUUAUAAUAUUAAAAAAAAAUUUAUAGAAAAUUACAAUGCUCUAGAUGAAAAACAAAGAGAAGAAUUAUAUUUUUUGAUUGAUUAUAUUAAAUGUUUAAAAGAUAAAAUAGAGUUAAAAAAAAGAAAAAAAAUAAUUGUUCCAAUUUCUUUAAAGGAAUAUUAUCAUGGAAGUACAAAAGAAAUUUUGGUGCAAAAAUCUCCUUUAAAAAAAGUUCGUGUUAAAAUUAUUGUCAAACCUGGUUGUCAAAAAAUAUUUCAUUUUUGCUCGUUUGAUGUUAUAUUAAAAGUAAAACCAUCAGAACGUUGGUCUUAUAAGGGACUUGACCUCACUUAUUGUCUCUCUCAAGAAGAUAUUAGAAAAAAAAGUUUCACUCAUAUAUCAGGAAAAGUAUUUUCUGUACCAGAUUUUGGAACACAAUCAAAGUUGACUUGUAUUGGUCAAGGUCUUAUUUUAGAUGGUGUUACUGGAUCAUUAACUUUAAAAGUUUCUUCAGAGUAG